AUGGCACGCUACUCCCGGCGCCUGGUGCGGCUGCUCCCUGUGCGGCAGUGGCCGUCGCAAGGCUGGUGGCCCAUGUGUGUCUGCAGCAGCAAGGGGAUGAGCAGCCUCCUGCAGCCAUCGCCAGCCAGCAUCUUUGAGCAGAUGGCGAGUGACCUGCAGUGGCAGGUGGAGGCGAUGGACAGGCUGAGCCAUGCUGUCUUCCACGCCCAGCCGCUCCUGUGGUUGGAGCCUGCGGGCCAAGGGGAGCCGAGGCGGGGUGGAGUGGCCCAGGCUGGGGCCACAGAGCCGCAGCCACAGCCUGGGGGUCGGCAGGACAAGAAGUUCGAGUUGCACAUGGACGUGGCCGGCUUCUCAUCGGAGGAGCUGACAGUGAGGCAGGAGGGCAGGAAGGUGACAGUGACAGGGAGGCGUGAGAAGCAAAGCCCUGGAGAGGAUGGAGACAGCUUCGUGGAGUACUGGGAGCUGCGCAGGGAAAUGCUGCUGCCUGCGGGCCUGGACAUGGAGGCUGUGACCUGCUCCCUGUGCUCGGAUGGACAGCUCCGCAUUGAGGCACCGCGCCUGGCCCUGCAGCCCGCAGAGGGGAAAGCCAUUCCCAUCAGUGUCCAGGCAGGAGAGGGAGCCACACAAGGAGACACUGCUGCCAAGGAGGAGAAGGAUCUGGGAAGGGAGGAGGAAAGAGGCAGUCAGGAGUCCUGA